UUGUUUGCUCUCCGGCCCAUGGAGACAGGAGGAUCGAGUGUUGGGGGGCCUUCGCCAAGCCCUUCCAAGAGACACGGGAAACAAACAAGCCGGAGGAGGUGCAGAGAUCAGGAUCCAGAUGUUCGCCUCUCAAAAGCCCUCUCUUAUGCCUUGCGCCAUGGUGCAGACAAGCUGGGGUUACAGAUGGGGCCUGAUGGUUUUGUGGACGUAGCAGAGAUCCUCCGUUUGCCCCAGUUUAAGGCUUGGUGCCUGGACGAUGUGCAGCGCAUUGUGGAGACAAACGACAAGCAACGUUUCGCUGUGCGGCCACACCCUUCCGAUGGACGACCCCAGAUCCGUGCCAAUCAAGGGCACUCGCUGAAGGUAUCAGAGUUGGAACUGAUUCCUUUGCUGGACCUCACAGACUUCCCAGAGACAGUGGCCCAUGGCACGUAUCUGCACCACUGGCCAGCAAUAAGGAGUAAGGGCUUGUCCCGGAUGGGGAGAACGCACAUCCACUUGGCGCCAGGAUUGCCAGGGGACAAGGCUGUCCUCAGCGGAAUAAGAAACAACUGUGAGGUGGCCAUAAUCAUUGAUGUAGCCAAAGCUCUGGCAGACGGAAUCACUUUUUACCGCUCAGCCAACAAUGUCAUCCUCACACCCGGUGAUGCCAAUGGGCUGCUGGCCCCCUGCUACUUCCGGGAAGCACUGCAGCUCCGGCCCAUUCGAUGCCAGCUUUCUCUUGAGUAACCCAUCACCACACUAGGAUUGUCCUCUUCUACCUCAUCUCCUCUCCUCCAUGAGAUUAUUUAUUACUUAAACAUCACUAUUUAAAUCUA